AUGUCCUCCUCCUGGUCCUCCUCCCCCCCCUCCACCACCACCACGCCAACCCUCCCCAUAAAAACCCACCACUGCCGCUUCUGCAACCACCUCCUCCUCGCCACAACACGCCACCUCCCGUCUCUCCCGCGCCGCAGCGAUCCCGCGCGCGACGCAGCCCUUAUCCUCCCGCUUCCAGCUCCAUCUUCCACCACCAUUACCACCACCACCAGCGGCAGCAGUGACAGAAAACCCGAGGCUGGGGCUGAGGCUGAGGCUGAGCCAAGCACGACCACGACCACGACCACGACCACGACCACGGCCGAAACAGAUUACGCGCAACCAACGGAGAAGCACGCGCUGCAACAGCAACAGCAACAGCACUACACAAUCCUCCUCUCGACGACCGUCCCGGACCGCAAAGCGACGCUGAUCCGGCGCGAAGACGGGUUCGAAAAGAGGGUGCUGCUGCGCUGUGGGCGGUGUCGGGUGGUGGUGGGGUAUUUUCUGGACGGGGUGCAUUUUGGGGAUACGAGGAUGAGGACGGGGGCUGCCGGUGACGAGGGAGUGGAAAUGGAGGAGGAAGAGCGGACGGUUGCUUACCUCUUGCCUGGGGCGUUGGUGGAGACGGGGGAGAUGGGGGAUGAGGAGGUGAUGAGGGCGAUGGAUCGGGAGUGGGUGGGUUGGAUUGAGGGAUAG